UCGAAAAAGAAAAAAAGAAAACCGUCGGGUUAGUUUGUCAGCAUUUGUCACAGUAUUUUCACCAGAGCAAGAAAAUAAAGAACACGCAAGAAGAUCAAGAAAGAAGAAAAACGCUUCCAUACAUCAAUCACUUCCUGUCAUUUUCGCGGUGGCGGACUUUUUCAACGCUUCUCGAAUUGAAAACUUUGGGAGUCAAAGACACUUACCAUGAAUAUCAAGAAGAUGGAGAUUACCGGGUUCGAGUCCUGGAAAGAACAUAUUGGAGGAGAAAGAUAACUGAAUACAGAGAAUCAUGAUGGGGCAAAUGGUGGGGGACGUUCUGCUGCCUUCUUGGGGGGAGUUCAAUCUUUCUUUAGCUGCGGCGAUUUUUAUUAUUGUACUCUUCGCGCUUUCUCGAUUUAAUAGUACAAUUUGUCCGGCGGCCGAAAAUGUAGGCAAAGGCAUUCCUGUUGCGAAGGACCUCAUCUCAGCAGCAUCGCAAGGAGAAGAUUUGUUCAUUCCUGAUGAUGACACCAAGCGUAAAGAGAUGGCUCCUUCGAAAGAGGAAUGGCGAAGCUCAUUUGUGUACAUGAUAAAGCUAGAAUUAUUGGCAGCAAAAAACCUAAUCGGUGCAAAUAUAAAUGGUACAUCAGAUCCUUAUGCUGUCAUCACUUGUGGUUCACAAAAACGUUUUAGUUCCAUGGUUCCUGGUUCAAGAAAUCCAUUGUGGGGAGAAGAAUUUGAUUUUUAUGUUGAAGAGCUUCCUGCACAGGUUAGUGUGACAAUCUAUGAUUGGGAUAUAAUCUGGAAAAGUGCUAUGCUUGGAUCAGUAACACUUCCAAUUGAAGAGGAGGGUCAAACAGAAGCUGUUUGGUACACACUAGAUAGUUCUUCAGGACAGGUUUGCUUGCAAACAAGUACAAAGCGGUUUCCAGUCAGUUCUUCUGGGGGUCUGAAUGGGAUUGCAGGAAUUGUUACACGACGAAGGAUAUCUGUAGAUAAACAAGGGCCAACAGUUGUUCAUCAAAAACCUGGACCUCUUCAGACAAUUUUUAAUUUACCACCAGAGGAGCUGGUUGAACACAGCUACUCGUGUGCAUUGGAAAGGUCCUUCUUGUAUCAUGGGCGCAUGUAUGUUUCUGCAUGGAACAUUUGCUUUCACUCCAAUGUUUUUUCCAAGCAAAUGAAGGUGGUUUUGCCGUUUGAAGAUAUUGAAGAGAUUAAGAAAAGUCAACAUGCAUUCAUCAACCCUGCAAUUACAAUAAUUCUUCGAGUUGGCGCUGGGGGGCAAGGAGUACCUCCAUUAGCAAGUCCGGAUGGAAGGGCUAAAUACAUGUUUGCAUCCUUCUGGAAUCGAAAUCAUGCACACAGAGUUCUACAAAGGACAUCAAAGAAUUUCAAGGCAAUGGUGGAAGCUGAACAAAAGGAAAAUGAACAGUCUGCAUUACGCGCACAUAGCAGCUCAAUUAGGGCUGCACCCAGUAGUCAGUUGGCGAUAGCUUCCCAAGAUGUGAUUGCACAUCAGGAUGCUUCAAAGACAUUUCAACCUUUUAUUAAAGAUGAUGUUUUGGUUGAAAUAAAAAAGGACGAAUUACCCUGUACAGCAUUGGAGGCUUUCAACAAACUCUUGAGUGAUGAUUCCAAGUUUAUAUAUCAAUAUCGGGCUGAGCGUAAGGAUACAGAAAUAAAGUUAGAACAAUGGCAUGCAGCUGACCAGUAUAGUGGUCUACUUAGAGAAAUAUCCUUCAGAUCAAUAUGUAACAACCCUAUGUGCCCCCCAGACACUGCUAUGACAGAGUGGCAACAUGCAGUUUUCUCUGACAAUGACAGUGUUUUGGUAUUUGAGACAGUACAACAGGCUCAUGAUGUGCCAUUUGGCUCAUACUUUGAGGUCCAUUGCAGAUGGAGGAUAGAGACUACAUCUACAUCCUCUUGUAAGCUAGAAGUUAAAGUGGGUGCACAUUUCAAGAAAUGGUGUAUCAUGCAAUCUAAAAUAAAGGCUGGUGCAGUUAUUGAGUACAAGAAGGAAGUUGAAUUGAUGCUAAAGCUGGCACGAGCAUACCUGCAAAAAUCCAGCCCACCUGAUAAGGAUAAUGCAAAUAUUAAAGAAACAAAAAUAAACAACGUUUUAAAAAAUACACCUGAUCAACGGGUAUGAUGUUCCUGCUGUAUUUGUGGAUCUAAAAUCUUGGCAGUCAUCACACACUUGUAAACAAGCUUCACAAGGACAGGUGUACCUGUAUCAGAUAACAACUUAUGAUGAGGUGUUCAAUAUAUUUAUGCAUACUAAUAAAUGCAUGAUAUUGGCAUCUAUUACUAGAGGGUUGUGUCUUAAAGAACUGGCUGCUGAUGCAAUGAUAUAAUGUGCCUUCUAAAUUGAAGUACUAUCCUCAAAAAUGUGAAGGAAUAUGUUCAGUAUUUUCAGUAGCUUGUAAAAUUUUCAAUUUUGUAUAUUGUUGUCAAAUAAUAGGCAUGUGUAAAUUGAGAAAUAUCAACUGGUAUAACAUCAUGUAUUGUAAACUCUACUUUGUUUUGAACUUUUGAGCAGGUAUCAGAUCAUUAUUAAUGGAGACACCAUUUUCAGUGGCA